AUGGACGCCCGAGUGGUCUGGCUGCUGGCCCUGGUCCUGGCCUUGGGGGUUUCCAGCUCUGCUGGGGAGUUUGUCGGCCUGUCGGCGAACCAAUGUGCGGUGCCUGCCAAGGACAGGGUGGACUGCGGCUACCCCGAGGUCACCCCAGAGCAGUGCAACAACAGAGGCUGUUGCUUUGACUCCAGCAUCUCCCAGGUGCCGUGGUGCUUCAAGCCUCUCCAAGAAACAGGAGGCAGUUCUGGACCGGAGCUCUCCCCAGCCCCAGGCAUCGGGCCAUAUGUUGGGGUGACAGAUCACUAUUGGGGGCCAGUGUCCUUGCCUGCGCCAUGCUCUGCCCAGUUUGUGUCUGUGCCUGGCCAGCUUCUCAGAACUCCUGACUUCAUCUCCUUUUUGGAGGCUCCACCCCACCCAUCCUUGGCUGGCUCAUCCCCUACUGGUCUCAACACCAGAAUUUGGAUCUCGUUGGGUGGAUUUUUGCAUGGCAACUAG